AGUAUAUUAGCAUCAUUCAUCAUUUGCCUUAGAUCAGACAAGAUUUGUAAUGCAUUUUUAUCCCUAUGAAAUGUAAAUUUAUAAGCAUGUUUUACUUUUAAAAAUGAAAAAUUCUGAUUUGAGCAGACAACUUUCACAAAGUUAAUUACUAAAAACCCAGCAACAAAAUGUCUGAGCUUUUACAGUGUCUUUAAGUGGUGGUGUAACCUAUGGCUAUGAAUUUAAGCCUGUGUAGUUAGGUGUCAUUGUAUUAAUUUAUUGCAGGUGGAUAAGGUUCAUCUUCCUUCUACAGAAUGGGUGGGAGGAAUGAAACCAAAAUCAUGUAUUUCAUUCUCCUGGGUUUUCCCACCACUGGUGAACUGCAGCUGCUUCUCUUCUCUGCUUUACUUCUGAUUUAUUUAUUAACUGUGUUGGAAAAUCUCCUUAUCAUUCUCAUCAUCCAAAAAAACCACAGCCUGCAAAAUCCCAUGUAUUUAUUCCUAGGGAAUCUGUCUUUCUUAGAGAUCUGCUAUGUUUCUGUCAUUGAGCCAAAGAUGAUCACAGAUGUCCUGUCUCAUGACAAACGUAUCUCACUGCAGGGCUGCAUGGCACAGCUGCAUUUCUUUGUGACUUUGGUUUGCACUGAGUAUGUUCUGCUAGCUGUCAUGGCCUGUGACCGCUUCCUGGCCAUAUGCAAACCUCUCAGGUAUCCCCUCAUCAUGAGGCACAAGUUCUGUGCCCAGCUGGUAGCUGGCUGUUGGAUGUGUGGUUUGACCACUUCUUCCAUCAAGCUGAGCUUUAUAGCCCGCCUCUCCUUCUGUGAUGUGGACAAAAUCAAUCAUUAUUUCUGUGAUAUUUCCCCCCUGCUGAAUAUCUCCUGCAGCGAUUCCUCUUUGGCUGAGCUAGCAGACUUCAUCCUGGCUCUGCUGGUUAUCAUGGUGCCUCUGUGCUUUGUGGUGGCCUCCUAUGUUUGCAUCCUGAUCACUGUGUUGAAGAUUCCUUCUUCUCAGGGGAGGCAAAAGGCCUUUUCCACCUGCAGCUCCCACCUGACCGUGGUGAUUUUGUUCUACUCCACCACUCUCUUCACUUACUCCCGCCCUAAGCUCAUGUACACCUACCGUGCCAACAAGCUGGUGUCAGUCCUGUACACCGUGGUUGUGCCACUUCUGAAUCCUCUCAUAUAUUGUCUUAGAAACAAAGAAGUCAGGUUUGCCAUCAGAAGGACUUUUACUUGCAGAUGACACACCAAAGAAAUCAACUGAGGAGUCCCAGAGAAGGGGGGCUUUGCUCAUGAAGAUCAACUGGCAGUGCUGAUGAGCUUAAGCCAGGAGGUCCAGACCUUAAUCCAUGCCAAACUCUCCUAUUCACUCAUAUCUACUGAACUAAACUUUGAUAUAUCUAAGUUAGAUCUGUGUAUAUACUAUGGUUUUGACUCAAGAUGUGUGGGUUUGGGGCUUUUUUCUUGUUUUCCCCCUAAGAAUCUAUGCUGUCACCCUCUCUUAAAAGUCUCCAGCUGAAUGACUGCUAUGUUUUUAAGGAUGUUUGGAAAUGCUAGAAAAUUAACCCCAUAUUUGUUUGCCCUAGAUGGAAUAGAGUCCAGAAAACCUUGUAAAAUGUGUGUGAAAAUCAGCUAUCUAUGUGUGAUUUAUUUAGUCCCAGAUUUUGUUAUUAUCCCUUGAAAGAAAUAGGCAGCAGAAAAGGAUGGGUAAUUCUAACAUUCGUAAGUGUAGGAUAAAAGGAACCAUGCUCUGAAGAAGAAAAUUUUUCUAAUAUGGCAUUAGAGAAAGUAUAAUGUGAGUAGCCUGUGGUAUUCACAUGGUACAGCUGCAUUGUCACUGUCUCAACUCUUCACAACAGAACCAAGGUACCCUAAAUAAAUUCAUUGCACACCAAAUAAUGUCUUCCAUGAAGAAAUUCAGACAUGCCUGAAAGGAUAAAUCACUUCAGUAUUCCCUUCAGGCUGCACGAGCCUUGGAUCCAGCAGCAUUUCAUCAUUGCUGUCAUGCAGGAGUCUGGAAACACAGCUGGUGAAUCUGAGCUAAACACGGAUUGUCUGAGAAAAUCUGAUUAUCAAUCAGAAAUGAAAUGGUGCCUCUAAGAAAACUGCUCUGUGUUCAGACUAUCACAGUGCUUCAGAACUUUCAAUAUUCUGUAAUAAACAAAUAAAUAAAUCUGUCAGCAGAGUGCAUCUCCAUGUGACCAUAUUAAAUCUGGGUUUGAGUUUAUGACUCAUGGUAUCUGAUAUUCUGUGCUCUGUACUGGCAUACUGACUCCUCCAGUGUUGCAGAUGAAACAUUCAGCUUUCCAGGGAAGAAACCUGGAAGAAACUUGUCUGUGCAAACUGUGCCAUGUAUUGCCAGCUGUUUCAAACAAGGCCUUUGUGAGGACUUGAACACAGUGUUAAGGAGAGAUGUCAGGAACAGCUUGAAGUUAACCACAGUGGGCAGCUCUCACCAGAAAUGCAGGGUGCUGGCUGCAAUCCAGGUAUUAGCAGAAAAUCUGCUAGGAAAA